AUGCUAAGUGUCUCCAAACAGCUUACUAUUAUCCUCACAUUUCUAAAAUGUUGCUUAUCUCUUGAUCCUGCUGACGUUGCUCUUGCCAUAAACUCAGGUGGCGGCACUUAUACCUCUACUUUUGGCUUUGUAUACUCCCCAGACAGCUAUUAUACCACAGGCGGGCCAUAUGUGGAUCCCUCAUCUACCCCAAUUGCUCGUACAAAUAAUGGAGAUAUGUACAAAUCCCAAAGAGUAUUUGAUGGAACUUGAGGAUAUGACAUCCCCGUUAGCCCUGAUGGGACAUAUGUACUUAUUCUCCAAUAUGUUGAAACCUGAUUUACCACUGCAAAUGCAAGGGUUUUUACAAUUAAAAUAGGAGACUACACUGUCUUAAGCAAUUUAGACCUAUUCGCUCUUUUUGGGAGAAAUAAUGCUCAUGAUAUAUUUAUCGAAUUUACACUUUCUGCUGGAAAUGUUUAUAUUGGAGGGAAUUUAAUUUCUGGGGCAUUUUCUGCAGGAAUUUUAAAUUUUCGUAUGAUCCAAGUUAUACAGGCUCCAGAAAUAUCAGGAUUUAUUUUGAUAAAAGGGAAUUGUGCUGUAGCAGACCAUUGUAAUAUGUGCUAUAAGCAAAGAUGUGCGACUUGUAAUGAAGGAGAUUUAUCAUGUGCAACCUGUAUAGAUAAUGCCCAUAUUGUAGAUGGAGAUUGUCAAUGCAACUCUAAUGCUUAUUGGGCUUAUUCGACAAGAAGCUGUGAAAAAUGUGAUAAUUUGUGUAAUGUUUGUUCUGGGUCGGCAAAUUUUUUAUGCACCACAUGUGUAAGCCCAAAUGUGCUAGUGUCAAGUGUCUGCUUGCGAGCGUGUCCAUAUGGGUUUGGGUCUUGUACAAUAGUCUCAAUGGCUGUUAUUGAACAAAAUUUUGCUAAUUUAUUUGUAGGGACUUAUGGGAUAUUUCGUGUAGGAUCAAAUCCGAGUACUUUUUAUUUUUUUAAUAGCCCUGAAGCAGAUGAUCCAAUCCCAGCUAAAAGUAGAGGACUUUAUUUUUAUGGAGCCCAGUACCUUCAGACGUCAUCAAGUAUAUAUAUUUCGCUUAAUUUCUCAAUUGGAUUUUGGGUUUGGAUACUAUCAGGCUCUGGCGAUAUCAUGGCAAAUAGUCCAGGGGGUAAAAUAACGAUAUAGCUUGAGUCCUUAUUUGGAUUUCUGAAGGUUAUCCAAUGGAAAUGACUAUAUUUAAACUCCUAGCAGGUUAGAAGAGAACCAUUCGCAUUCCAAUUUUCUGAUGGUUUUAUAAGUGGCAAAUCUGUUUCACUUGUAUAAUUUUUUUAAGGGGCUGGAAGAAGGAGAAAGUUAUAUCUGCACUUGGCGUAAUGACUAUUGUGCUAGAAAGCAGAUUUGAAGCGACUGCAACAAUAACAACUGUAGCAUUAAAUCCAUCGAAUUCAAAUUGAAUUUACAUUUCUUUUAUAACUUCGUUUUCGCCAUCAACUAUAACAACAACUAUUGUCCCAUAUUUAAAUAACUCUCCAAAAACUCCUACUACAAUAAGCCAGUAUAUAUACAGGGAUGGAGCAAACAAUGUAAUAAUCCUAGGAAAGAGCUCGUCCAGUACUUUCUUAGGAUAUAUUUAUUGAUUCACACUAUGAAAUGUUGCUGUUUCAGAUUUUAAUACUCAAUACUCAGAUGAAAUAUGUGACCCAGGAGAAAUAUCUAAUUGUCUUUGGACUUGUCCUUUGUCUCAAUGGAUGAAUCAUGCAACACCAACUAAUUGCAAUUCAUGCUCGAAUGGGUGUGUCAGAAGUAUAUCUUGCAAUGUUUGUGAUGAUCCUCUUUGCAGCCAGUGCACUGGAUUUUCAGGUGGACUUUGCACGCAGUGUGUUUCUAAUGCAUCAGGAGCUUCUUCUACUUGCACUUGUAAUGCUGGCUAUGUUCUUUCUUCUGAUGGGUUUUCAUGCUUACCCUGCUUUAGUGGAUGCUCUUCCUGCUCGUCAACACAAUAUUACCAAUGUUUAACUUGUGAUUCGACGCAUUAUUUAUUAAAUGUAUUAUGUGAUACACAAUGCCCAAGCGGCUAUAGCCAAAAUUCAGGCACAAAUAAAUGUGAUUUGACUAACAAUUUGGUUAUUGAUUUAGAAUUUGAUGAUUAUAUAGUGCUUGGCACUUUAUCAGGAUUUAAUGUUGGAAACAGCAAUACAAAUUCCUAUCCGAAUUUUGAUACAAAUGACUCUAUUCCAGCAAUUCACCGUGGAUAUUAUUUUACUGGACAAAGUUAUAUGGGUGGGUCUAUUGUAUUUAGUCCUUAUUUCUCAGUCAUGCUAUGAGUCAAAGCUAUAGACCAAGGAGUUUUAAUAGAAAAAUUUGAUGGAAGUGUUAAAUAUUUAGUAAUAAAAAUUGAUAGCAGCGGAUACCAAAAUCUUAAUAUAUUGCUCAAAGAUGGAUCAUCAUUAAAUGCAAUUAGUCCUCAGUAUAUCCUCUCCAAUUGGCAUUAUUUAUCAUUUUCUGGCUCGAUUAAUUCAGAUGGGACUUAUAGUUCUUAUAGUUAUAUUGAUUCAUCUCUACAAUUUACUGCUACUUCUACACCCAAGACAUACUUAAGAGACAGUACUUCUGGAACUCUUCUGAUUGGUGUUGACCAUGCAUCUACAACUGGUUUUAAAGGAUUUCUAUGAAAUUUAAAAAUUUAUAAUGACAAGACAUAUGUAAAUUCAGCAUGAGUCUCUACUACUUGUACUGUAAAUCCGUGCACAAGUUGCCCGGUUGGAAAUUUCUGUCCUAGUUCUUGCUCAUUGGCAAAUUAUCCAGGCAGCACUUCUUGUGCUUCGUGCAAGAGUUCUUCAUGCUCUUAUGGAUGCAGAAGCGAUCUGACAUGCCGACUUUGUAGAGAAAAAGAAUGUUAUUCUUGUAUAUCAUUCUCAAAUAAGUGCUUAAGCUGCAUCACAAAUGCAGGAUUUGUAGGAGACUUAUGUCAAUGCAACCUAAACGCUUAUUGAAAUGGGAAUACAGAGACUUGUGACCUUUGCCACACUAUCUGUACAUCUUGCUCUGGACCUUCUUUUAUAGAAUGCAUUCAAUGUGGAUCUUUCUUGCUUAUGCUCUCGAAUAUUUGUUUAGAGUUUUGUCCUUCAGGAUAUACUAUAAGUGGAGAUCAAUGUAUAUUAUCGAAUGAACUGGUUUUCAGCUUGAGGUUAAGUCAGAUAAAAGAUAUUGUUUAUGACUCAAUAGGAAACGUUGCUUUUCAAACAGGAAAUGAUAAAAAUUUUUAUCCUUUCUAUACUCCUGAAGACCCGUAUGCAGCAGAACUAAGAGGGUACUAUUUUAGGGGGACAUCAUUCAUGAAAUCGAUUGAUGAUCCUCCAUCAUUAACUUUUGGAGCAGAAUUUACAAUAUCAGCAUGAAUAAAUCCAGCUUUAGGCACAGGAUACUUAAUUUCUAAGCAAGACAGCUCACUUUCAAGUUUUCUAACUUUUUCGCUAAGCUCAGGAAAACUUAAUUUUUCGAUGAAAUUAAAUGAUGGGACGACAGUUUCGUAUAUGACUUCAGCUUUAUUAGUUACUUUAGGAUCUUGAAAUUUUAUUGCCGUCAAAAGCAUAAUUAGUCCGACUCCCCAGCAGAAAAUUUCAUUUUACAUUGAUUCUUCUAGUGAAUCCUCUUCUGAUCUCAGAUCCUCGUGGUAUCAGGAUAUUUCUUCAUCUUUUUUUAUUUCAAUUGGCGCUGGCUCUGAUUUAAAUACGAAUCUCUAUAAAGGUUUCUUAUGAAUCCCCAAUGAAAAUUAAAGCAAAUAAUCCUGCUCCAAUUUAAAUGUGCUAAUUAUUUAAAAAUAAAUUAUAUAUUAAAUUUUUCAGAAAUAAAUUGAUAUGCUUGAUUAGAUCAAAACGAAUUAGUAUUUUAUAAUUUAAAAACAAUUUAAGGGAUGUAAAAGUACCCAAAAAAUGGAAAAUUUUCUAUGAUUAUUUUAAUUUAAAGGGGGAGUGAGGCAUAAAUAUUUAUAACAUUAAUGAGCCUAUAUCAAGUAUAAUUAUAUCUGGAACUUGUUCAGGAUGCUCAUUAUGCCCCAUAGAAUUAUCAAAUUCAUGCAUUCCAAAUUGUGACUUGCCCUAUUAUCCUAAUAGCUUGACUUGUGCUGCAUGCCAAACUCAAUGUGGGUGGGGAUGUGUGAGAAAUGAUAAGAACUGCAAUUUGUGUCAAGAUGUAAUUUGCUUAGUAUGUGACGAUUACUCUUCAACCUGCAUAACCUGCCGAGAUCAUGCUUAUCUAUCUUUAACAACUUGUGUAUGCUAUGAUGGAUAUUACUGAGACUUGACAAAUGAAGAAUGCACUCCCUGUGAUUAUACCUGCAAAACCUGUACAUCCGCCGCCUCUGAAGACUGCAUAAUUUGCGCAUCAGGCUUUUUUAUGUAUUUAGGAUUAUGCGUUUCUAAAUGCCCAGCUGGAUAUAUAGAAAGUGCAGCAAAAUGUAUAGAAAAGGAUACUUUUAUUUUCUAUCUAUCUUUUGACACUUUAGAAGGAGUUGUUCUCGAUAAGCAAAGCAAAAUUCCAGCUUUAACUGGGAACAGCACAGCUUUUUAUCCAAAUUAUGAUGAGUUUGAUCCAAUAGCUGCUUUAUACAGAGGUUUUUAUUUUAAUGGAAUGAACUCAGUUAUGCAUUUACCUAUUUAUCAAGGCUAUAACAGCCCAGUUCUCAGCUUUGGCUAUUCUUUUACUUUUUCUAUAUGAGUCAAUAUUGAGAAUGGCUUUGGAACUAUUCUCUCAAAACAAGAUUUGCUUUAUAAUUCAAUUUUUUCUCUCCAGCUAAGUGCUGGAUAUGUAGUGAUUUCAUUAAAUUUUAAGGUUGACGGGCUCAUUUAUUUCUCUUAUUUACAAGAUCUUGGGUCUUACGAAUGAAAUCAUAUUGCUUUUACCGCAGAGUACACAAGUUUAAAGCAGACAAAAAUGGCUUUUUACUUGAACGGAAAACUAGAUAAUCAGCGGGAAUUAGGAUUUGACUAUUUUAAAGAUACCAAAACUGAUACUAGCUUUACAUUAGGGGCAUUUAAAGAUAAUUUAGGGUAUUUUAACUAUUUUAAAGGAUUUAUUUAUGAUAUCAAGGGCUAUAACUCAGUAAGAAGUAUAUCGUCCCUUGUAUUGCCAACAGCUCAAUGCACAGAAAACUGUAAAGCAUGCUUGAACACUGGAGCCUGCAUCCCAAAUUGUUUAAUUAGUCAGUAUUGAAUUGGCCCACAAUAUAAUAAAUGCUCCAAAUGUAACAGUGCUUGCCUCAGCUGCAGAGAUUCCAGCAAGUUUUGCAAUCUUUGUUAUAACCCUAAAUGUACAUCAUGCUUAGAUUUUAGCGAAAAUUCUUGUCUUGAGUGUAUUUCAGGUACUUCAAAUAUAACAAAUUGCCAAUGUGAUUAUGGUCUUGCUUGGAAUUCAAGCUCAGGAAUAUGUGAGAGUUGCCAUCAAUGGCAAUACAAAGCAAAUGAUUCUUGUUAUAAUUGUCCUCCUCUCUGUGCUCAAUGUGAUAGUGAAACUAAAUGCACAUGAUGCAUUAGCCAUGCUGCAUUAAAUUCUGGAAGCUGUGCUUGCUCUCCUGGAUAUAUAGGAACUACUGAAUGCACAUAUAUCCCUUUCAAUGCUAGUCUUAUUGUUAAUAAAAAUAAUACUUUGAUUCUGAUUUUCAGUGACGUUUUAAAGCAGGAUUUAAAAAACGACCAAAUUUUUAUUCAAAUUCAUAACAUAACAAUUCCAUCCUGAUCAAUUUCUCAAAUUUCAAAUACACAAUAUUUAAUAUCAUGCAAUUUUGAAGGAGGAAUUUCAAAGGGCACUACUAUUAUAGUACAUUUUAUAAACUCGACAAGUAUAAUAUCUAUCUCUGGAGGUGUCAUCUACGAAGAAUAUUUAUCAGGCUCUUUAUAUGCUUCUUUAAUGACUUCUGAAGAGCAAGAAGUGGCUCAAAUUCAAAAACAAGUUUCUUCUGGGGUAAAAGUUCUGGUUGGAUCGAGCGUUGCUUUAGCAAUGCUUAACCCAAAUCCUUCAGGACUAUGAACCCUGCUCAAUACAAUUCAGCUUCUUUCUUAUAUACCUUAUGCAAGCUAUCCUUUGUCAGAUAAAGUUUCAGCAUUUUUUAAAUCAAUAAACGAUUUCAAUUUAGUUCCAAAUUUAUUUUUACUAUUUAUUGACGAAAAUAAUAGUAAAGUUCCUUAUUCUCGGGCGAAAAAAUAUGGAUAUGAUAGCUAUUUAUUACUUGUAAAUAUUGGAAAUGACGCAACUAUUUUAUGUGGUAUUAUAACUAUAAUCCCUCUGGUAUAUUAUUUUUCUAAAUGCUCUCAGAGAUUUAUAGGAAAGAAGCUUCAAAAAAUACUUAAGGAAUAUAAAUUCGAUACUUUUUUACGUUUUUGGAUUAUAAGCUAUCUUGAAAUCGGGUUUGCUGCAAUAAUUGGGGUUUUGAGCACAGAAUAUUCUGAGAUUUUGGAAAACUCACUUCAGUUAACCAACUAUCUUCUUUGUUGAUUUUUAGUUGUAUUUUUUACUUACUCCCCCAUUUAAUAACGAACACUUUUUUUGUUCGUUAUUAAAUGGGAUCUAACUUAUGGGAAAAAACAUAUAUAAAAUUUAUAUUAAAUAUCUAUCAUUGUUUUUUAAAAAUUUCAAUUAAAGAGGGGGAAUAAGUCUAAUAAUAAAAUGGAGUCAAAUGAUGGUAAUAGAAAGAGAAAGCGCCUUAUUAAAUGGGUCCUAAGGCAAAAUUUUUAGAAAAAAAUAACGGCUUUGUUCGUUAUUAAAUGGGGGGAGUUAGAUCUUUAUAACAAUUACGCCUUUACUUCAUUCGUAUUUUACCUUCAAAAAUAUGAGCAAAAUCAUAAAUAAGCGAAAUAAAAAAUGGCUAGUUCCUUGGAGCUCUCUAUAUUAUGAGUUCAAGAAUAACUCAGGAUUUUUGAGCACACAAUAUUAUGCUCUAUUUUUUACAAGAAGAUUAAUUUUUAUUGGCAACCAAGUAUUUUUGAACGAUUUCCCCCAAAGUCAGCUAACCAUCAAUGCUGUAUCAUCCCUAUGUGUAUUCUUUAUGUAGAUACCUCUAUUUUUAAUUUUCUAUAAGCCAUUUGACGACUUAGUUCUUCAAGUCACCAAUUUAAUAACUGAAUUCGGGAUUUUCAUUAUAUUUUUACUCCUUAUUCCAUAUUUUUUGGUACUAGGCUCAACAGGGACUAAUAUUCUGGACAAUUUAAUUAUGUAUUUUGUUGCUUUACUAAUGGCUGUGCAAACUUCUGGGCCAUUUAUAAAUUCUUUAAAGGAAGUUUAUUAUACUGCUAGAAGAGCUAUGAAAAAAAAUUUUAGUUCAAAUCCUGCUAAGAUAUCUAAAAAUGAGAGAAAAAUAGUUUUAGGCAAUUUUAAUGAAUUUUUUAAUGAUACUGAGCCUACCGAUACAACUGAAUAA